UCCUUUCCCGUACGCUUUCCUUUUGUCUUCUUUUUCUUUUUUCCCUCCUCUCUCUUUCUCUUUUUCUCUGUUCAAUUUACUUUGAAAAGAAGAUUGACAAAUCGACAGCAAUGUCGACGCCGACACGAGAUUCGAUCGAGAGUUUCAAGAGCAUAACCGGCGCGUCUGAGUCAGUCGCUUUACGAAAAUUAGAGGAGUAUGGAGGCAAUUUAAAUGCAGCUGUUAGUGCACAUUUUCUUGAAUUGGAAAGAAGCAUUACAAACCCGACAUAUGCUGUGCCUUCUCAAAAUAAUUCUGUUGAUAUGAGCAAUCAGAAUGGAGUUGGAAUGCGUGGAAUUGUUCCAUUCAUCUCUGCUGUGAGAAGAUUUAGGCCUUCGUUACUGCUUGACGCCAAUUACAGGAGGAAUUUGCUUAACCGGAGUGGUGCUUCUAACUUCAAUCACCUUGUGACAUCUCCUCAUAUGGGAGAGGUGACAGGGGUCCCUGUAGGGUUCAGCAGCGGAAAUGAGCAUCAGCUGCAUUCGGGAGUGAGGCCUGCCAUCACAGAUUCAACGGGACCACCAUCGUAUUAUGGAGGGGGAAUUUAUGGGAAUGUCUCUAGUGAUGAUCAUCAACAUCGGAAUGAUAUAGAAUGUGAAAUGAUGCAAGCUGCAAUUGAGGCUUCUAAGCGGGAGUUUGAACAGACUCAUAUGAAUGAGCAACAUGGUUCUUCCUAUGAUUCAUCUAGAGCUGGGCUUCAACAGAGGCGACUUCAGCAAGAAGAUGAUGAGCUUGCUCGUGCAAUUUCAUUGUCUUUGAAGACAGCAGAUGAAGAGAAAGCGGUACGUGUCAUGAAGGAUCAUUAUGAACAAGUGGGAAUAUAUGAUUCAAGUGCAAGAACUCAGGCAACAACCAAUAACAGCUUGAAGGCAGGAAACUCAUCACUUAGACAACUACCAGUGAAUCAUGAUUCCAGCCAUGAAACUCCUCCUAAUCGUCUUCGGCACAGUAAAGAUUCCUUUAAUUCUAUUGAGUGGGGAGGUAUUUCAUCAGAAGAACUUGAUCAGGCAAUUAUGCUGGAGACCCAACUUUUUAGCCAGAUUCCUGAAGGUGCUUCAUAUCAUUCUUCCAAUCUAUCCCAUGAGCAAAGUAGUCCGGGUGCAAGUGUUGAUCCUGGUCCACAGGCUCUAUCUCGUCCACAAUCAUUCUCGUUAAUGGAACAGCGUUUAUUGCGGCAACAGCAGGAUGAUGAGUAUCUGGCGUCCCUUGUGGCUGAUAAAGAAAAAGAAAUGAAUGCUCUCAAGAAAGCUGAAAGUCAUAGUGUGAAAGAAGAAAAAUCAUGCAGAAGGAAGCUUGGAGGAAAGGAAUCUGAAAUGUCUGCAAAAGGGACUUCACUCCCACCUGAGCCAGCUAUAAAUGAUGAGAAUGCAGUAACUAUACUUGUUAGGCUGCCAGAUGGCACCCGCCAUGGACGUCGCUUUCUCAAGUCAGACAAGCUCCAGCUUCUUUUUGACUUCAUAGAUAUUAGUAAAGUGGUGAAGCCCGUCACUUACAGACUGGUAAGGCCAUACCCUCGCCAUGCUUUUGGUGCCAAUGACUGCUCUUUAAGUUUGAAUCAACUUGGCCUGACAGGCAAACAGGAAGCUUUGUUUCUGGAGUUCAUAUAGCAUUCACUGUUCGACUUUUAUUUUUUCUGUGAGAAUGUAGCUUUUGCCCAGAUACCCUAACUCCGAGAAAUUUACCUUGUCCUGUUGAAAUUGAUGCCGGGGAUUGAACAAGAAAGUUAUCAAGGUAGCCAUGAAUUUACCUUCUUAUGUUCUUAGGUCUGACAUGUUGAAUAAGAACCCACAAUUCUGUAAA